AUCACCAGGCCUCUCUAUAUAGGGCGGGUUCUAUGCACAAAUUUAUAACGGAAAAGGUUUUGUUGGUUUGAAGAUUACCAGGCCUCUCUAUAUAGGGCGGGUUCUAUGCACAAAUUUAUAACGGAAAAGGUUUUGUUGGUUUGAAGAUUACUGAAGAAAUGGUUGGUCAUAAAUUUGGAGAGUUUGCUUCUACACGGAAAACCUCUUCCUUAGGUAAGAGAGCUUUGCCCCUAAAACCAAGAUCAAACCAAUCAAAAAGGAUUCCAUAU